AGUUAAAGGGUGAUGCCAAGUUUCUCAGCAGACAGUGAAAGCUGAAGUUGGGAGUUCAAGAGGACUCAAGUAGCAAUGGAUCUAUGAAAGCCACCAUGUUCUACAGCAGAGUACAGAGCUGUAUGUUAGCAGCUGGCUACCUUGCUUAUCUCCUGGUAGGCGCUCUCAUCUUCCAGGUUCUGGAAAAAGAUGCCGAGAGAUUACAACAAGACAUCAUCUUUAGAAUGAAGGAGGACUUUCUGAAGAACUUCACUUCCCUCAGUGCAGCGGAGGUGAACAUCUUUGUGGAGAAUCUGAUGGAAGCCGUUAGGAGGGGCAUAUAUCCAGCAGAAAAUGAAUUCUCUGAUGAACACAACAAUUGGGAUUUCAGUAAUUCUUUCUUCUUUGUGGGUUCUAUGUUAUCCACAAUAGGCUACGGAAACCUCUCUCCCAAAACGGCUGGUGGUCAGCUUUUCUGUGUCUUUUUUGCUCUCUUUGGAAUUCCUCUGAAUAUUGUCUUCUUGCAGCAUAUUGGCAAGAUGCUCUCCAUGGUCUGCGAACGGCUAGCUAAAUGGCUGUAUAGGAAAGGUGUAAAAAAGAGAACAGCAAGGGGCUUGACGCUUCUGUUCUUCCUGGUUAUGGGAAUACUAGUGUUUCUUUGUGUGCCAUCGGUCAUCAUUCGAAAAAUAGAGGGCUGGUCCUAUAGUGAAGCCAUUUAUUUUACAUUUAUUACUCUUAGCACCAUUGGAUUUGGAGAUUAUAUGAUAGGGAGGCAAUAUGACAAAUUCUACUUCCAUGGCUAUCGGAUUGUGGUAGCAAUUUGGAUUAUCUUUGGACUUGCUUGGAUAGCGCUACUGUUCAAUUUACUGACAACAUUACUGGAAGAUCCAAAUGAGAAACCCAUUGAGGAUUAUCUUCAGGUCAAGUCAGUCAGAAAGAAAAAGAAGAAUUCAAAAAAGGAUCCAUCUUCUUCACUGGAAGAUGGACAAAGCAAUCAGUUAUAAUUGUAAACGGCUAUUGGACUUUCACUGAUAUUUGAUAUCAUUGCAGUAUUUUACUGGUUGCUUUGAAAAGUAACUCACUGAUUUUAAAUUAUAUUUAAAAUGUGAAAUAAACAGCGAUCCUGCAAAAAAAAAA